AUGUCUUCAGAAUUACAUGCCCCCGAAGCACUCCAUGCGGCUCUCACAGCGCUUGGAAAUACACUCGGCGACGAAAAGUACGCCCUUGUCGGUGGCAGUGCUUGUACGGCUCUAGGAUCCGAACGAGCAACCCAGGAUAUCGACUUUGUUGUUCUUAGGGGCCAAACCCCUGCUGUGAGACAGUUACUGAGGGACUCCCCGGCCUUCGAGGUUCAAGCAAAGACAUAUCACACAUGGUAUAGGGGUGCCGAACCUGUGGAGAUUGAGAUCCUCGCGCCUCCUGCUUUGUUCCGGGAAAAGUUUGACGAAACAACGGAAGUAAUCACAGUCGGAAACUUAAAGGUUCUAAAGCCGGCAUUGCUUCUGAAUGCAAAAUGUGGGUCUAUCAUCAAUCGGGCCAGUGAAGCUAAAAAGGCAACCGAUGCCCAGGAUAUUAUUUUCUUGCUUGGUUACUGCGCGGAAAACCCGGAUCACCUUCCAAAAGCUUCCGAGGUCCCAAACGCAAGCAAAGACAUUGUCGAAGCCUUCAUCAGGAAGUACGGCAGCGAGGAAUCUUGGAUUAGAGCUGGUUAUGACCUGCAGAUGGGCUGUUUCACAAGGAAUUAG